CCUGUAGUACAAGAAGGAAUAGUUUCAAUUUGCAUGUUACUGAGUUACAUGUCAAGUAGGAUCAAAUAGGACUAUCUAUUAAAGGCCGUGAUUUAAUUUUGUGGCAAUACAAUAAGAAAACAGGCUACUUACUUUUAUAACUAAAUACAAAGAACAAACGUCACAUAUUUUCACAGUACUUAAAAAAAAAAAUUCUCCUUUCCCUCAACACACAAAAAAACAGACAAUGAACCAUAUGAGUCAAUUUUCAGCUGGAGAAACAGGACAUGGUGGUGGUGCUGGUGCAAAGAUAUUACGUGAACCUGGUAUUCCCCUUUCGUGACGAAGACAUAUGAAAUGGUGGAGGAUCCGAACACGAACUCUAUCAUCUGUUGGAGUCCAUCUGGUACUAGUUUCGUUAUUUGGGAUCAUAUCAGAUUUAGUUUCCAUUUUUUACCAAAAUAUUUCAAGCAUACUAAUAUGUCAAGCUUCACUUGUCAGCUCAAUAACUAUGGGUUCAAGAAGAUUGGACAUCAAAAAUUGGAGUAUGAAAAUUAUUGGUUUCUAGAGGGGAAAAAAUACUUGCUGACUAACAUAAAGAGGCGACACAAAAGUCUGAAGAAAGAUAUUAAUCAAGAGACUAAUUACUAUUUUGGAGUAGAGGAAGAGCUGAGGAGCCAGAGAGAUAUCAAGGAUACAUUGAAGUCAGAAAUCGAGAAGCUGAAGGAGAGACGAGACGAUAUGGCUAAUGGGAUCGCCUCUUUGAAGGAAUACUUGGAAAAUUCAUAGGCCGAGUCCAGGAAACUUCUCUGUAUUCUGGCAAAAGCAGUUAAACAAGCGAAGCGUGAUGUGGAAGUUAGAGAUAUAUUCACGAGGAAACCUAGAGUAGAGGAUACAUCAGGAAGUAGCAAAAGCUCGGGGAACAUCAUGUAAGCGAGUUCCUAUGAAUGGGCAAAG